CAUGAUGCAUUGUGCGAUUUCAGGUUUUGCGCGCGGAUGUUUGUUGAUAAAGUGAAAGUUAUGUGGCUUAGAUUAUAUCCUUUUCACCAAAGCGUACGGAUGCGAAUGGACUCUUAAUAGGUUCGUCAACUGCGACUCCAGCGAGCAGAAAGAAGAGGAGGAGAAAUGGAGCAUAAACUGAAACUCCCAAACCUGGGAAGGCCGCCACCGAAGCUCCGUUACUUCGGCACCGAUACUACUAGGUCGCAAAAUGAGAGGAUAAAAAGCGUUGUGCGCAACAUAGAGGAGUACUUCGAUGAGUUCGAUUCCUCAUCUGAUACAGAAGACGACUUGUCUCCAUUGUGCAAGCGCAGCACCCAGGAGUGGAAGGAAGAGGAUCCACAACAUCCAGCGCAGCUGAAACCAGAUCCAGUUAUUGAAUUAGUUCUUGAGACAUCAGAAUGUCCUCCCAGUCAGAAAGAAUCUGGCUUCAUGAGAACAUCAAGCCCCAUUGAUGAAGAGUCGGAAAGGGGAGAUCAAGGUGCAGAGGAUGAUGGAGAUCACAGAGCUUCGCCGUUGCUCUUGGAUGAUGACAGAUUUAAUGAUCCACAGGGAAUGCGCCAGCCUGACCAGAAAAUCAAGUCAUUGGUUACAGCCUUAAACAUGACCAAUGCUCACUCUCCAUCGGAAGGCCUAAAUAGCGCAUCACAGUCCAAUAUCAGGUCAUUGAGUUCGAAAGGAUCCUCUGCCUUUCUUCUGAAAUUGAAAGAUGUCAGUCAACCAAAGAUGUUAAGUUUCAGGAAGCAGGCAGUCCCUGUUGCAAUUCAUACCCAUCUUGAACCGAUCGAAGACUUCAUGAUUCUGGAUGACGAAGAUCUGGAAAGUCCUCGUUGCAUUUCUAUUCCAAAGAGAUCGAAUACGAACAAAAACCAACCCACAUGUGAACACCUAGGAGUGACUGCAAAAGAGGUGGAACUUCAUGGAAAAACAAGCCAAACUGUAGGUUGGAAGGAGAAAACUAAGCAAAUGAAGAAUAAACAACGCCACUGUAAUGGAGGAGACAGUCUUCAUUUUGCUCAUUUGAAGGAAAAGGGACAAACAAAGAAAGCCAAGGCUCUACAGCUGAAGGCCAAGCAGAAAUGGCAGGAAGAACAGGAGAAAGUGAAAAGCUCUGAGAAGCAACAGAAUGCAGACUUGGUUCAUGAUCAAGAGGAUGUUCUGCCUUCAGUUCCUUUGUCUUAUUCAGAAAUCAAUAAUGAAAGUGGAUGUCAGGAAAUUUUCAAAAAACAAGAAGCACCUCUUGUUGGUACUGACCAUCACAUUACAAAUGAAAAAAGGAAAAGGAGGAAAAAACAAGAUAGAAUCCUUAAUGAUGAUAACCCUUCUGAUGCCUUGGAAACACAGCAGACUGUCGCAAGGAAGAAGUCAAAAUCGGGCAAGACUCAGGAUUUUGUGGAACAAACCCCAGCACCUUGUGCUGAGGAAGAUUUGGGCCUUACUGAAAAGGCCAGAAUCUCCCGACAAAAGAAGGCAUCAGCUGGAUCUAAGAGAAAUGCAACGAAGCGUGGACUAAGCAUCAGGAGUAACGUGGAGUUGACUCAAGCGCCAUCGCAAAAGCAGCAUACCCAAGACAAACCACAUGAUGACGGGCCACAUCCACAUUACAUGAAUAUUGGCCAGAGUUCUCCUGGACAUGAACAGUACAUCCCAGCUCCAGCCAAUCAGAAACACAGGAAUUGCAUGACGGAGCAGUCUAAUGGACACUCUCACCCAAAAUCCGAAGAAGAGAAAGGCCCUAAGGAGACAGGGUAUGAUGAUAAUGAGGAUGUUGGCAAAAGGAGGAGGAGAAAACCUGGGUCCUGGUGGUUAAUCAACCAAGAUAAUGACCAAGUUGACAGCAACAUGGAUGACAACAACAAAAAACUUUAUGGAAGCAAGAGGAAGAAGUUCAACAGGAUUCAAGAGCUGGCAGAACCAAAUAUGAAUAAGAGUAGUAAAACAGAGCUGAAUUCCAGGACUAACAAGAAAAACUUAAAGAGUCGGGAGCUGGUGCUGAAAUCUCCGAAGAUCAAGGGUCCAUCUAAAGUUCCUGGUCAGUUGGAACAGCAGGAAGAACAAGGACAUGACAGGGCGAGGGGGCAUGAGGCGACUAAUGUGCGGUCUGAGAGGUCAAUCAUGCAGCUGAAGCCCAGCUCAGAAGAUGAUCGCACUGGAGUUUUCAGUGAUGCUCACCAUCCAGGAAUACCCAGGAAGUCUGGCUGCUCCAUGGCUCAGCACGUGCCCUGUAGUUGUCCUGACAGCGAUAACUCAGGGAAACGCCAAAGACACCCUCCUGGCAACUGGUGGGAGGUGCCGAAACUGCAGGUGUUUGACAACAUGGGAAGCCCCAAGCACCUUGAAGGAAGCAUGCUAAAUGCAUUUGCUACGAAACCGCAAAGUUCCCGAGAGGCAGGUGUCUGCUCCAGGGAGCCCUUGCUGAAGAAUCCAAAGAAGUGGCUAAUGGUAAAAAAUGCCAAAACUGCUAUGAAGUACUUUGGCACCAUAUUCACUCCAGGUGAUGCCGAAGACACAGGUGUGCCCAAAACAGCGCUGCAACACCAAGGAGACACAUACAGUACUUCUAGCUGCAAAAAGACUCUUUUGGAUGACCACCAGUGCAGCUGUACAUCUCUGAGCUUCCAGGCAGAAGGCGACGGUCACUUGUCUUCAGUGGACCCUGUUCCCUUAACAUUCCCACAGAACCACUCUACAGCACGGUACAAAAAACACACAGCAAAGACGCCCCCUGCUAGAUGCAGCCCGAGGGCCAGCCAGGUUGGCUGGCGGUCCUCUUAUGUGGAAGAUUGGAAAGGUUUUAAAAGUGGACCGUCUUCAAUGAUUGACCCAGGGACCUGCAAAGACCACGAAGACAUGAGUUUGUCAUGUCACAAAGAAUGCCUGUCCAAGAGUAUGUUGGGUCAGCCUCCUCUCAGUCCCGUUGUCCUAGAGGUUGAGGACAGAGCUGAUCUUGUGGUGUGGCUGAAAAAUGUCCUGUCCACCUCAGAUGGCACCUCUGUCAUUACCCCUGAGCACUUCCAGUGGUAUGCAUAUCAUGGUAGGGCCAUGGGAGUCAGGGUUGACCUGUUGUACGACAGCUUUUCCUGUGGGAAAGUCCUGCUUGGUUCCUACAUGAAGAAACCGCUGCAGGUGGACACCCAUGCAGUGUCUGUGUACAACAUUGUAACAAGUUCUUUGAGUGUGAAAAUCAAUGAUGUACAGACUAUCCACUUCCCUGGAGAAACCUUCAUGGUGCCGUGUGGUUACGAGUAUGAAAUGUGCAACCUUACUGCAGAGCCUGCGUUGCUUUUUUACCACCGGAUGCUGUCAGAAAUGGAGUAACUGAAUCACAGCUUUGUUGCUUCUGUGUUGUAAAUGUUUGCUGUAAAUAUUACAGUAGGUGGAAAAAGUUCGAGUAUUUUUUAAAGGGUAGUAUUAGUCUUUUCCAUUAUUUUUCCACUGUUUGU